UCCCCCGCCAGAGGCGCUGCCAUCGCUGCCCACUUCCGCAUGCGUACAAGUUUUCCUUGUUUUUCAAUGUCCACGAUUCAUGAAUGGCUCCCCUUCAUAACCUUUGCCAGUAGUAUUAAAUUUACUUCGUUAAUUAAUGUUAUAAAAUGUUAGCUUUAACAACCUUUAAUAAUCGUGUGGAACCAAUUAGGUAGUGUUGUGUCUUACAAAACGAUAGGAUUUCCCGCUAAUUUGACAAUAAAAACAAUCCAAAAAUGUCGACCAGUCCUUUCCCCUACACGUGCGAGCUAUGCGGCGCGGAGGGCCUCACAGACGAGGGCAUGCGGUCCCACACCUUGGAGGCCCACGUGGCAGGACGACCAGAGUGUCCCUUCUGCGACUGUGCUGUCCCACAACCACAACUGUUGGGACACGUGCAGAGAGCGCAUCUGCAUUACCUGACGCCAGAGAGAGAGCUCAUGGCGUUUAUAGACGACCAAAGUCCGAGCUUUGACGAAGACUCCAAAAUGACAACGACAGACAGUUGCAGCUACAACACGCCUGGUUCCAUCAAUGGUUGGCAUAGCCCUGACACCUCUACUUCCUUCCACAACGGAGCCAUAUCCAAAAACCUCAGUUACCACAACGGUUACCAGGACAAAGAUUAUAGGAGUGAGAAGGAUGAAGACAGAUGCUCAAGGUCGCCCAAAAACAUCAACUUGACGAAUGGCCUGAAGAAUAUAAAUAUCAGCAACGGAGUUAUACCAAAGAAAGUGCAGAGCAGACAGAAUUCGAACGAUGGGGAAGUGAUGAAUGGGCAUGAUAGAAAAGGUAUUCAUUCUAGUCCAAGCCACAAUUCAAGCAACAAUUACGAAGGCUCACCAAAUAAAAAUAAGUUGACUAUGGCCAGUGCAGGGCAAGGAUCUCCACUAAGAUCUCAAUUGGCAUUAAAAUUGAAACCCAACACUCCAAAGAAAUCAGCUCCUACGCCGAGUCCUACUGUGCAGUGCCUUCUCUGUGAUUUCACGUCAACAUGCCCACGGAAAUUGGAAGAGCACAUAAACAGGGCUCAUUUCGACCUCACGUCUCCUUCUGUGAUGGGGAACGCGAAUGCUAACGCGGAAAACCCUACCCUGGUGGUGAACAACCCCACUUUAGGGGUGAAUAACUCUACCCUGGGGCUGAACAAUCCCACUUUGACCCUGGAUAACCCCACACUGGCUUUGAGCGCUAUGGCCAUGUCUCCGGGGCCCCACGGGUCAUCCUUUCAGUGUCCGAUCUGUGAGAGAGAGUUUGUGAACGGAUCUGAGGUAGAAGUGCAUGUUAAUGUUGAGCAUCGGGACAUAUUGAGUCCGCAGAAAGGGGACCAGGUUGACAAUGCAUCGUGUGAGGACGUAGUAAUGAUGGAAGAGAGUCCAGUCAGCAACUGUCCGGUGUGCUGCCAGCCCCUGCCGUUGUCACAGCAUGAACUGAUCCAACACAUAGAGGAGCACUUUGAGAGGGGGGAGGAGGGAGGCGCGGUAGCACUCUCAGCCGCCGAGAGGGAAGCGCAGAAGAACAGAGAGGAACAUGAGUUUCAACUCCUGAGGGCGCAAUACGGCAUGGAAGAGGACGAAGAAGGCUACACGAAUCGAGCCACAAACAGCCUUAAGCGGGCCGUGUACAGCGGAGCCCUAUCCGUGGCCGGCUACUACGAGCGCAGCGUCGGGCUCCGCAAGGCCUCCGCCCUGGGACGGGACACCGGCUCCUCCAAGACGAACGGUGAGCGACACAUCAUAAGGGAAGGGGAUGGGGACGGCUUAAAAGUCACCAACAGCCUCAGGCGUCCGAGACACUAG